AUGGAUAGUCCAAUCGAUAAAAUUCCAGAGAUCAUCAAGAUAAUUAUUGGUUCGAAAGAAAACAACAAGUUGUGUGCAGAAGAGAUAAAAAAAUAUUAUAGAGAUGAUGUCGAAUACAAGCAUUUUUUAACUUACAUUCAUAGUUCCCAUAAUUCAAGAGAAAGAUUAAUUGCACUCAAUAAAUUUAAUAAAGGGUAUAUUUGGAGCGAUUGUGAAAUAAUUCAUGAUAUUUGGUUUAAUGAUGAUUCUCUCAAAGCCAUAAUUGACGUAACUCAAAUCGCUAAAAGAGGAAUUUGGUUUUGGUUUAAUUAUUCAACAAGAUUAUUGAUCAAAUUGGAUCUUUCAUAUGAUACAAAUGGAAAAUAUGUUAUACGGAAACAAGAAGUAUUUAUACAUCCUGAAGAACUUGCUGCAGUUGGAAUGUUUUAUGGUCUAGUGAAUUGGGCAUAA